AUAUCAAAUUUUAAUGAAACGUAGGUGUCCAUUCAUUCCUUUUUUUGUUGCCAAAUUGUGUACAAGAUUAUUAAAUAAUAACCUCGAUCUUUCUUUUGCAGGCUACCUCGAAAAGUAUGACAAAUUUUCGUCGUGCUUCGUUAACUAAACAUCGCAGUUUUCCGGCAAGUUUCGGCUGAAACGGAUCGGUUUGAAGUUACUAAAUUGAAGAUCUAAUUGUAACAAUAAAGUUAAAUAUGGCAACCACGGCUCGUAGAAGAGACCCUGAUGAUGAUAUCGCUGCCAUUGCAAAACAAAUAUCUGAUCAGGCUGAAGCUAUUUACCAAAAUUGGAAGUCCAGGGGUUUGGGACCAGCUGACCUUUUGACCUGCCAUGCUGCUGGAGAUACCACAAAGUUGGGGUCCAUGUUAAAACCACAGCCACCAUCAAAGCCAGCCUCUCUGGACAUUCUGGCACAAGCUCCAACAAUGGACAACAACAGGCUGGAGAAGCUCGUCAAAAAUUUUGUAGAUGAAGAUAAAGCUCGAAUUGCAGCAGCCAGAAACAAAUCUCAGUCGCCUGUGACAUCACCAGUCAACAAAAUGCCUUCCAGCAUCCAGUACGCGUUGCAAAAGUUCGAAAAAGGUUCUAGUCAAACGGACAGUGCGGUCGGGUUGAGAGACGGGGGUAGCGGGGCAGGUAGUUAUUUGCGGAAAACGGCUACGUUGCCCAAUAGAAAAGUCGGUGUGGGUAGUGGGGUUUUAAGUGGGUUAAGUGGUGGGGGUAAUAGUGAUUCGGGUGUGGGGGUGAAUAGUUAUAAUUCAUCGAGUACAACGAAUUUUGUGCAGCACCAACAACCAGUCAAGCCGGCGAUAGGUCAGAAGCCUCAGAUUUCACCAAAACCGCGUCUUAGCGACACCAUCGAAAUGACGCUACCGCCGGACGUCGUGACCGGCGCAGGUUUACAAACGUGGCCGCUCAAAAACCGUGUCAUAGGUACAGAUAACGUCAAAAAAUCGGCAGGAACCACCGGGGAAAAUCACAUAGGAACCGGGUACCUUUCGACGAAGAAGACUUCUGCAAGCGGAGAAAAUCACGUCGUUGGAGGGUACCAGAGUGUAAAGAAAUUAAAUGGUGAUGGAGAAAAUCACAUUGGUAGCGGUUAUCACAAAUCACAGCCGUCUUCCGUAACAAUCGACCAAGUAGCGCUAGAAGAAAAAAGGCUCAUCAAUGCGCUUAAAAACGGUGAUGUCGUCAGUGAUGAACCUGUUAGGACGAUAGGAAAACUCAAUAGAGAUAUUACGCCAAUAAAGCAGCCACCUAUAACCAAAGAACCUCCUCCUCCCGAAAAACUUAUAAUAGAACCAGCAGUACCAACCACAACCUCAAUAAGCACUUCCAAAUGGGGCCUGCGCAGUAAUCCACGGCGACCAGAACAGCAAGUACCUCAUCCAGAACUGACCACAUCCCAAAGACAACACCUCAGACAAUCAGCUGCUUCCAAUCCGGUACGACCUUUUCUAACGAGAGGCUCUGUCGCUGAAAGAGUUCUAAUAUUCGAAAGGUGUCCUAGCGAUUUGCUUUUGGAUAAGAGAGUGAGAGCGCCUGCACCACAAAUUACAAAAACACAGCCUUUACCGAAACAGCCACCACUUCAACAUACUACUCUUCAGAGGCAUGUCAGGGCGCAUAGAAAUGUCAAUAUACCGAGGUUUCAUUUUCCUACGGGCAAGCCAGUUCCACCGGGACAUUUGGACAUUAUUAAAACAAAGGUUACAGCUGCCUUUGCAAAAAUUGGCGAAAGAGCUUCAAGGGAGCAUUUCGGUGCACUUACUCAGGCUACACAAUUACCUCUUUAUUGGAAAACACCUUUAUAUUUAGCUGCUUGUGCAGAUAAAGGUAGCUGUACUUUGGAGCAGUUUAUGAAUUUCUGGCAAAGUAUGUCUUCACAAUGCCACGAUGGAGCCAGUCGUUUCAUAUAUAUUCUUACACGAGGACGUCGUAGUUGGCUAGCUCCCGAAGACUUUAUUCCUUUGGUACAAGACGUUGUCGAAACACAUCCAGGCCUAACUUUCUUAAAGGAAGCAACCGAGUUUCACUCAAGAUACGUACAUACGGUUAUCGCUAGGAUCUAUUACUGUGUCAAUAGGUCUUGGUCGGGUAAAAUAACAACUUCAGAAUUGAGACGCUCCAGUUUGCUGAACAUUAUCCAGUUGUUAGAGGACGAAGAAGACAUCAAUCAGAUCACUCAAUAUUUCAGCUACGAGCACUUCUAUGUGAUUUAUUGUAAGUUUUGGGAACUCGACAGAGAUCAUGAUCUAUUUAUCGAUAAGCACGAUCUUACUAGACAUAACGAUCACGCCUUAUCCACUCGCAUAAUCGACCGUAUUUUCUCGGGUUGCGUCACAAGAGGCCAUAAAAAACACCAGGACGAGCGUAUGUCGUACACGGAUUUCGUUUGGUUCCUUCUAAGCGAAGAGGACAAACUUCAUCCGACAGCUAUCGAGUAUUGGUUCCGGUGUAUGGAUUUGGACGGCGACGGUUAUCUUUCGAUGUACGAAUUGGAAUAUUUUUACGACGAGCAAAUGCAUAGGAUGGAAUCGAUCGGAAUCGAAACGUUGCCUUUUCAAGACUGCCUUUGUCAGAUGCUGGACAUGGUGAAACCCAAGAUACCUGGUAAAAUAGCCUUAAGUGAUUUAAAGAAAUGUAGAAUGACACCAAUAUUUUAUGAUACGUUCUUCAAUUUAGAGAAAUAUUUGGAUCAUGAACAAAGGGAUCCGUUCGCAUCACAGAGAGAUCAUGACAUCGAUGGUCAAGAGAUGUCCGACUGGGAUAGAUAUGCAGCUGAAGAAUACGAACUAUUGGUUGCCGAAGAAGGAGGAAACGACCAACCAGAUAGUUUGUAA